AUGCAAAUGGAUCCUCUUGACUUUCAUUCGAUGCUACAAUAUUGUUGACACUUUGUUUUUGUGCGUGUAUGAAAUUAUGUCCUUGGAGCUUCUGUUAACCUUAUAGCACCUUUCUUACAAAGUGCUUCAUUUGAAUUUUGUAAUCUUACCUACCUAGUGAAUUCAUUGCCUCGGCCUCUGCCUCUGCCUCAUACUCAUCCAAAUUAUCUUUCUUCCGUUCCGAAAUUACCUUGUUGGGGUACAAAAUGUCCGAGGGGCGCGAAAGGUAUUCCUUGCGGCAGACGCCCAAGUAAGUAAAAGCACAAUGGGAAAAAGAUAGAGAAGUCCAUAUUUAUUCUCUUCCCUCUUCACUUUUCUUGUUGAGAAUCCUAACAAUUUGCACAGAAAGACGGAACGUGCUGGGUUCGUCGAGACUCCAAGAAUCCGUCGCCAACGAAAGUCACAGUUUCUCGAAGACACGGACGACUCUUCAUCCACAACAGAUAAUCCACCGUCAAGGGUGAGAUCUUCGAGUCGGAAAGUAAACAUGGUCGAAGCAGCAACAACCAACGACCAGUUCAGUAAUGCUUCGAUAACCAAUGGCUAUACUUCUGCGGUCAAUGACUCUAACACGAAUGGGUCAUUGAAGAAGAAAGCCAGCGCAAAAGUCGAGAAUGAGGUCGAAGAGAAAGUAGUCAAUGGCAAGUCAGAGGUCUCGGAAGAUCCAAGGAUCGAUACCUCUGGUCAUUUCGAUUUUGGUGGCUCUUUCGGCGUUAGUGCUAUGAUGAUUGGUUUUCCUUGCCUCAUGUGGUAUAUGUGGAUUGGAGCAACAUACUACAAUGGGAAAUUCCCCACGCCGGAACCAGGCCAGGAGUUCCUCGAUUUUGUCAAACAUAUGGGCCAUCUUGUCUACACGGGCGCAUUCCCAAGCCUUCGUGCAUGGAAAAUCUACUGGGUUUUCUUCGUCUUUGAAGCUAUCAUGUAUUGUCUCAUGCCAGGCGUCUGGGGUUAUGGAAAACCACUACCCCAUGAGGAAGGUAAGCAAUUGCCAUACUAUUGUUCCGGGAUCUGGUCGUUUUACUUUACCUUUGUCACCGCUGGCGUUUUGCAUUACUUCGACAUAUUCAAGAUCUAUACUCUUCUUGACGAGUUCGGGCCUAUCAUGUCCGUGGCAAUUUGCUCUGGAUUUUUGGUCUCAAUUGUUGCGUAUGUGUCGGCUUUGGCACGUGGAGCUCAACAUCGAAUGACCGGGUAUCCAAUUUAUGACUUCUUCAUGGGAGCCGAAUUGAAUCCAAGAAUGUUCGGUAUCUUGGAUUUUAAAAUGUUCUUUGAAGUUCGCCUACCUUGGUUUAUCCUUUUGGGUCUUUCAUGUGCCGCUGCUGCACGACAAUAUGAGCAAUAUGGCUAUGUAUCAGGUGAAGUUGGAUUCCUGAUCAUGGCACACUUUUUGUAUGCAAAUGCAUGCGCUAAAGGGGAGGAAUUGAUUAUAACAACCUGGUUUGUUUAUCCCAUUGCUUGUUUCAAUGCAGCCUACUUACUCUAUUAGGGAUAUGUACUACGAGAAAUGGGGCUUCAUGUUGAUCUUCUGGAACCUCGCUGGUGUUCCUCUCAGCUACUGUCACUGCACCAUUUACUUAGCUAAUCACCCACCAUCUGAAUACUCCUGGAACAAGUACUUCCUCUACUUUUUGUAUACGUCAUACCUCUUCGUGUACUGGGUUUGGGAUACUACCAACAGUCAAAAGAAUAGAUUUAGAUCUCGUGAGCGUGGUACUGUCACAGACCGCAAGGCAUUCCCUCAACUGCCAUGGAAGGAGGUCAUGAACCCCCGCAUCAUCAAAACCAAAACCGGUGAUUCAAUUUUGGCCGAUGGUUGGUACGGAAAGGCUCGCAAGAUCCAUUACACUUGUGAUUUUUACUUUGCUUUCUGCUGGGGUCUUAUUACCGGCUUCAAUAGUCCAUUCCCUUGGUUCUACUGCGUCUUCUUCGCCGGUAUGAUCUCUCAUCGCGCCUACAGAGACAUUCAGAAAUGCAGAGAGAGAUAUGGAGAAGCUUGGGAGGAGUACGAAAGAUUAGUCCCAUAUUUGUUCAUCCCAGUAAGUAUAAUCUUAUUCUCAUUCAUCCCCCAUUUUAGAUCCUUAAAGCUAACACAGCCAAAGGGUGUCUUUUGAAUGGUUAUAUACCUACCAUAUGUAUCGAACCGAAUGGCUUCAGAUUCUUUCGUCUAGAGGGAUGGUUGGGAACCUCCAUACAGUAUAUUUCAAGACUAGAAUAUGGGCGGCUCGUACAAUAGACGUGGUAAUAAAUUUCUCUUGUACAUAGACUAUUGAUAUAUAGGACUUGUAAUGCCUAAUUGUACUCAAUAAUACACGC